CCCGGCUUCGUGGGGAAUCUGCUGCUGGGAACGGGCAGCCCCCGCGCUGUGCGGGGCGGCGGGACUCGCGGGAGAGGAUCCGGGCUCGGGCUCCUGACAGAGCCGGGCGGGGGGACACCGCCCCCUGCAGCGCGGGGUGACAGCACUGGGAAAAGAUCUGCAGCAAGAACUGCUUCAAGAACUCACCCAGGCUUUGGCUAUGGCUGUUCCUAUAGCGAUUCUUGAUUGUGACCUCUUGCUCUAUGGACGAGGACACCGGACACUAGAUCGCUUCAAGCUGGAGGAUGUCACCGAUGAGUACCUGGUGUCCAUGUAUGGCUUCCCCCGACAAUUCAUUUACUAUCUAGUGGAUCUGCUGGGAGCCAGCCUCUCUCGCCCUACACAGCGGUCCAGAGCCAUCAGUCCAGAGACACAGAUUCUGGCAGCAUUAGGAUUCUACACUUCUGGCUCCUUCCAGACUCGCAUGGGGGAUGCCAUUGGCAUCAGCCAGGCCUCUAUGAGCCGCUGUGUUGCCAAUGUCACUGAAGCACUGGUGGAGAGAGCCUCACAAUUCAUUCAUUUUCCAGAGGAUGAAGCCUCUGUGCAGAGUCUGAAGGAUGACUUCUAUGGGCUGGCAGGGAUGCCUGGAGUGCUAGGGGUGAUUGACUGCACCCACGUGGCAAUCAAAGCACCCAAUGCCGAGGACCUAUCCUAUGCGAAUCGAAAGGGUCUGCAUUCUUUAAACUGCUUAAUGGUGUGUGAUGCUAGAGGAGCACUGCUGAGUGCAGAGACGCACUGGCCAGGCAGCCUGCAGGACUGCACUGUGCUGCAGCAGGCAGCUCUUAAUAGCCAAUUUGAAGCUGGAUUGCACAAAGAUGGCUGGCUACUUGGUGACAGCUCCUUUUUUCUCCGCACAUGGCUGAUGACCCCUCUGCAUAUCCCUGAGACCACCGCAGAAUACCGUUAUAACAUGGCACAUUCUGCCACUCACAGUGUCAUUGAACAGACAUUCAGGACCAUUCGAUCCCGGUUCCGUUGCCUGGAUGGAUCCAAAGGCACCCUGCAGUAUUCUCCAGAGAAGUCCAGCCACAUCAUUCUGGCCUGCUGUGUGCUCCAUAACAUCUCUCUUGAACAUGGGCUAGAUGUGUGGUCUUCCCCAGCAACAGGACAGAUGGAGCAACCAGAGGAGGAAUACGAGCAAAUGGAAUCGCUGGACUCUGAAGCCUGUCGUAUCCGCCGAGAGCUUUUGCUUACUCAUUUUAGCUAAUAAAGUGAGGGAUGGAGACCUUUACAGAUGUACUUGAGGAAAAUAUGGGAGCAAAUACACUCUCACAUUCUUUUAAGUUAGUAAAGGGAAAAACUAAGAUAGGCAUGGGAGCUGGGGAAGAAAGGGAAAUACUUGUAACAAAUUAACUCUGUUUAGGGGAUAUUUUCCAUCUGCCAGACUCUUGAUUUCUUUGUAAAUGUUGUUUUGAGCCCUGAAUUCUCAAUACCUAAUGUGUGCAGACCCCACCUUGUCUAGAGGACAGUUAGGCAGAGACAAUAAUGUGGGAUCGUUUCCCAAUAAAAUCACUUCCAAUCGUC